CUAUUCUUUUUUUAUACCCACUGUGAUAACCCACCCCAAAAUCAAUAUGCCAACCAGCCCCUCUCUUUUGAUAAAUGAUGUUAGCCAGCUAGCAUAGCUUAUUACAGGCUUAUAAAUCUUAUAUCAAAAUAUAGCUGAUAGCCAUCACUAUUAACUAAAAUUAAUAUAUAUAUAUAUAUAUAAAAUCUUGGUAUUAUUUCUUUAUUUCUCGACAUACAUAGAUGUCUUCACAAUAACAGAUUUAAACAUUCAGAUGCCCUGAAGAAUCAAUCAGUGUAGGCCCAGAAACAGCAUAUUUAGAUUUUAGACACUUUUGUGGAAAUAAUUUCAAAAUUACUAGAAAUUAACUUUGUGCCAACCAAGCCUUGUAGCCAGCCAACCUCCUCUAUAUGUAUAUUGACAUUAAAUAUUCUAAUGUUAAGCUUCUAAAGCAGCUUUACAAAGAAUAUUGUCUAACAAACCCCAAUGAGAAAGACAGUGGCAAGAAAAAAACCGUUUAAGGAGAUGAGGAUGAAACCUUACACAAGACCAAUAAAACAUUACAUCUGCAUAUCCACAAUGAAUACAAAUGUCUAUACCAUAUACAGGCAUUAAUUAAUAUAUCACAUUAACUAUAUGCAAAUAUUUUUUCUUGAAUUACAUUUUCACGUUUUCUUUUUGAGAGCUUAUCCAUGUCAAUCUGGAAAAUUAGGAUUUCAAUUUAAAAUACUAUCCAUUUCUAAUAAAAAAUUUUUAUAAAAAUGAAAUCAUUGGACCAAGAAUACAUCUUAAAGUAUUAAAGGGAUAGUUCACCAAAAAAUGAAAGUUUUCUCAUCAUUUACUCACCCACAUGCCAUCCCAGUUGUGUGUGACUUUCUUUCUUCUGCUGAACACAAAUACAAAUUUUUAGAAGAAUAUUUCAACUCUGUAGGUCCAUUCAAUGCAAGUGAAUGGUGGCCAGAAAGGACAUAAAGGCAGCAUAAAAGUAACCCAUAAGAUUCCAGUGGUUACAUUCAUAUAUUCAGAAGUGAUAUGAUAAGUGUGGUUCAGAAACAGAUCAAUAUUUAAGUCUAUUUUUACUUUAAAUCUCCACUUUCACUUUCACUUUCUUCUUUUGUUUUUGGCAGUUCUCAUUCUUUGUGCAUAUCCCUUUAAAGAUUCAGUAAUUAAAAAAAGAAACAAUAAAGCAAAGGAAUUCUACAAAGUCUGAAUCAACAAGUUGAUACAACACCACCCCAAGCAACAAACCCUCCUGAUUAUAGAAUAUCAGAUUCCAAACAGCCAUGAACAUUUACAGUAUGUCCACCUACACAUUAGACAGAAAUGUAAUAUCAAAAGCUAACCAAGUCAUUAAUCCUCUACACCCAAUCCAGGUAUAUAUUUGCUUUUGUUCUAUUGUUUUGAUGUCGCCAUUGCUCUGUUUAUUCAAGCACCAGAGGAAGGAGUGGCCCAAUUGUGUGUGUGAGAGAGAGUGUGUGGCUCCAGAAGGGAGGAGUCAUGCACCUGUGAAUCUCCACCUGGCUGCCAGAAAGAGCGAGAUAACCAAGCCGGAGAGGAGGCAAAAGAGAAAAGAAAGAGAGAAGCAAAUUAAAUUCAAGAGAAAUCAGUUUCAGGGCUCCAAUAGGGCGAUGACCACACCUGCUGGACUCAACUGUACAAAGAACUGAAAUACUGAACAGUGGGAUAGUGAACUCUGGAAGGCAGAUAACAACGUCUCAACGGACAUACAUUCACCUGCACAGAGCUGUCAAAGUGUGUUUAAGUCUCAAUGGCAACUGCAGAACCUGCACCUGCCUGGUGGAAACUGACCUUCCUGCGUAAGAAGAAAUCAGAGCCAAAGGUGUUGUAUGAAAUCCCCGGAGAGCACAGCAGCAACACCGGGGAGGCACCAGACACAGCUGCGGACAGCCAGUUUAACACCCGCCUGGAACGCAUUGUGGACAAAACAGCAACAAAGGGACGCCAUGUGAAAGUCUCCAAUUCAGGCCGAUUUAAAGAAAAGAAGAGGAUUCGUUCGACGCUAGCAGAAAACCCUGAGCUAUUCCCUGAAAAAGAACCUACUACUAAUGAGAAUAAUAAAACCGGAAAGUAGAGUCACUGUGUAAACAUAUUAGCAUGUGGGUAAAGCAGUUGAGAGGGCCUCGGUCUAUGCAGCACUCUUCCAUUGACGACCUCCACAGUUUACAGUCACCUGAGGCUGAGCUGCCUGAAGAGAGAAAAGGAACACUAAAUUAGUGAAUGAUCUAUUCAGAUUUUUGGGAACAAAGAGAGCUACAAGCCUAAUGAUCAGGUUUCUGCACAGUAGGACUGCAACCUAAUGUUUUUUGUUCAAAUCACUGUGGUUGAAGUGUCGACAUUUAACCUCACCGAAAGGGAACCAAAUGAAUCAAUACCAGAACAAGAUAUUAACAGUAAUGACAGUGACUUGAUUAUUUUAGCAUCUUUUCUUAUAUUUUAUGUGGUGCAAAGUACAAUAGCAGCUACAGCACUUUUGAUCUAGAAGAUUGAAGAAUUUAUUCAGGAAUAUUAUCAGAAAUAAGAGUAUGUUACUAUAUCAAAAUACCAUAUGGACUGUUAUUCUAAUCAUUACUGUAAAUCUAUAGAUAUUCUCUUUGAAUCCCAGUACAUGCAAUUAGCCUGUUUGUGUCAUGACAAUCUGGAAUAACAGUUGCUACAUGUUAUAUGGCUUCCAAACCACCUGCUAGACCAAAAUGUCAUUUGUUUUGAAUAAAUGUGCCUGUUGCAAUUAUAAACUAUUCUACGUCUGUGGUUCUACACUCAAAACAAUUUUCUUUUAAGAUUUACACAUUUCACUUUGAUUACAAAAUUCAAUCAAAUUGAACUGAGUAAUCUUUAAUAUAUAUAUAUAUAUAUAUAUAUUUCAAAAACUAAUUAUUUUAAGUUUUGUUAACUUAAUUUUGUUACGUUACACAAUUCAGUUUCAUGGAAUUUUGUCAUGAAAUUGAAAUGUGUAAAUCUUAAAAUAGGCUUAAGUAUUUUUGAGAGUAUGUGUAUAGGUAUAAAUUAUUAUCUCUGGUUUUAAAGGUUGAUAUUUAUUGUAAAGAGAGUUUAUAAAAUUGUAUCUAAACAUGGUGGGGUUUUCUGUUUUAAUUAUUGUGCUUUUUUAUGUUUAAAGAAUUGUCAAAUGUUUGCACAAUGACUAAUUUAAAUUAGUUGUUUGCUUGACUUGCAUUUUAAACUGAAUUUUGCAUAAAUUUACAUUUGUGGUUUUUAAAUAUGCCUGUAUAGAAAAUAAAUAAAUGCAUUAAUUAAC